UUAAAUAUGCACCCAAAACAAUAUAUAACUGCGGAGCUCUUCCUAAAACGCUACAAUAUAACAAACAAGGAAGUAUAACAAUCUAGCUAGUAAUCCAGUUAGUGUCUAGCAAGAAUUUCACAUUUGAAAAAAAGGGAAAAAAUCAAUUGUUACAAUUACCAUUCAACAAAUAUUAUCGAUAAUGGAGCUUUGAUAUUUUCAAGAGUGAGUUGGUUAUAGUAGGAGUCUAAAAUUGUGUGUGAAUCUUUUAAUAACACAAAUGUGACCAAGUCUGAACAGUCAACGCGCGUGAACGACAAUUGUCUUCAAGAAACAAUCAGGAAAACGCAAUGGAAACUUUGAACAAGAUUAAGGACACACAUGAACUCGUGCUUUAUAACGAGGCGUGCAAAGCUUUUCCAAGACCUGCACCACCUCCAGUUGGCCAAGAGGUCGAUCUGAACGAGUUCUUUUCCCCAGAACUGAAAGACAUCUACCCUGGAUUCGAUGCUGUGAUACGUCUUGAUGAAUAUGUUGCAAAGACCCCCGAAACACCGGGACAAACCAUUCGAGCUUUAGUGGAACAUCUUAUGGAAAUAACGUCAUCUGAGUACGAUAAGUCACGUGUUAUAAUACGUUGGGUUGCGACUAACAUCGCAUAUGACCUCAACUUCCUAAACACGGGUAGCAGGCCUUCUUCAACUGCAGAAGACGUUUUGAAGAAGCGCUCUGGUAUCUGCGAGGGAUUCUCAAAUUUGGUUCUUGAAAUGUGUCGAAUCGCUGGCUUAGAAUGCGAGAAAAUCUGUGGCAUAGCCAAAGUGUUUGGCUAUAAAUUUGGUGAUGAUCUCAGGAGUGCAAAGUUCAGACACGCCUGGAACCGAAUCAAAAUAUCAGAAACGUGGUUUCUGUGUGAUGCUACGAUGGCAUCCGGAUAUAUUAAAAGAGAGAAUAGAAAGUACGAAUAUAUUUUCCAGUGGAAUGAGGGCUACUUCUUAGUCCCGCCAGAAACGCUGCGUUACUCUCACAAACCAGACGACGAAGAACUUGACUUAAAGCAAUGGACACUCGAGGCACGCGUGUUUCCAUCAGGUUGUUUGUAUAAGAUGUCGAUUUUAACGACUGCUGGAUAUAUUAAAACAAAUUCAAAUAAAGUUGAUUUUCAAUUUCAAAGUAUGUGGAAGAUGGACUUAUGGAGUACAUUGAUAGAUGACGCAACAGGCAAACACGUAGAGAAUUCAGUAGCAUCUUUUACAAAUGAGAAGGUAACAACGCUGUUUGUACGUCUUCCACGAGCUGGAUCGUACAGUGUUGUAAUAUUUGGUAAUCCCGUGAAUUUGUCAGAGCGUUCAAAGAAAAUGAUCCAGGAUAGGUUGUUAAGAUUUAAUGUACACACGACAUGCGUCAGUGGUUCACAGCCAUUCCCCAAAUUCACAAGUCUCCUAGGAUCACUUCCUGCUUUCACAGAUGGUGGAUUUAGAUCCUCUGUCAACUUCCCCAUCAUUGAAACAGAUGAUGGGUACGCUAAGUUUACAGUUUAUAGACCUGGGGGUGAGCCAAUAAGAUUCAAAUUCAGACACUCAGAAUCCUUAGGCCAACUUAAUAAGUAUGUAUUUGCAAAUGCCUAUCCAGAAAAAGUUGUGUUUAAUAUCCGAUGCCCAAAGAAGGGAGAAUAUUCGUUGAUACUUGGAGCCAGACCUAACAAUGAUCAGGUUGAUGACAAUGAAUUUCCGCAAGUUGCCACUUAUCUGAUUUUGAAUAAGAAUGAGCAGGGAACGCCGUUACCAUCGUACCUUUCUGAGGAACGACAAUGGGGACCAGCCGACAAUUUAUCCAAAUUGGAUAUAUUAUUAAACCCCAAAAAAGGUUCUGAAAUAACGUGUAAUAAAGACGAGACCGUUUUUGAACUGAGCUUUAACGAAGAACAAAUCCAACUUUCUUAUAGAAUAAAAGCUGAAAACGACAAGGUAACAAGUAGUUGGGUCUGUGCUGAGACAAAUCGAUCACGUGGAACAAAAUAUGUUAAAUUGAGUUUUAGAUUUCGUGUACCCGUCUCGGGAUUUUACGAAUUUAAAAUAUUCGCAGGAAAAAUUGGCGCGGAAUCUAAUGAUUUAAUAGGACGUUGGCUACUUAAUGUUGUUAAUUUGUAUGAGGGAGAGCUGUUCAUUGGCAAUGAAAAUGUACCAUGGGGAAGUAUUGCUUCCAAAAUGACGGUCAACAACUUGCAAGUUAUAUCACCAAACCGUUCCACAAUCUAUCCGAAUGACGAAGAUUCCACAUUAAUUAUCGAAUCGGAGUUGAAUAAGCCAACAGGUCUUAAUUUCAGCCUAAAGGACAAUUCAGAUACUGAUUUGCACGAGUGUGUUUUGGCAGAUUCUGUUAUUGAACGAAACGACGAAAAGAUGUUAUACAAAUUUCAAUUUUAUCCACACGAGGCUGGAUUUUACCGUUUUGAUGUAUUCUCUGAAUUUGACCAUCUAGGUAGUUGGAUGAUAGAUCAGUCUGUGAUAGAUGCUCAUAAGUCGAAACAAAUGGAACUUCCUUCAAAUGAUAAACGACCAUGGGGUCCUCUUAAAAUCUUUUUUGAUUAUGGCUUCUCGGUAGUGACACCAGAAUCGUCCAUUAUUUCCACUUCUUCUGGAGCUGAGUGCAAACUAAUUAUAUCGACAGACCCUCGAGGAAAAAUUCUUGGAAAGUUAAAUUUCCGUAAUCAAGCGGAUAACUUAACAGAUAGUUUUGAUUCUGUAACGACAAGCGAUGGUCAAAUUAAGAAAAUUGUUAUAAAGUUCAAGUUAUCCCAGAAAGGCUAUUAUAAAUUCAGUUUAUUUAUAUCAAAUUCAGUGCAGGACAAGUUUGUUUAUGGCGGAGGCUGGCUUAUACACUGUGUAUGAGAAAAUCACCAAUCACUAGUUAUGCCUUAGUGAUUUUGUCACUGAAAUGUUACCAAAGAUGUACAUAACGUAAUGGUAGCGUGUAAUGAAGUCAAAUAAUCUAUAAAAAAAAAAAAGCAGAAACACAAGCAUGGCCAUCGCGGAAUUACCAUAUUUUGAAUGGUUUUCAAAAAUGAAAGACUAUGGGAAACAAUGAUUAAAGAAAUACCCCACCACACCCCCUUUUCCAAGUGAUUUCCCUUUUGACUGAGACUAUUGUCUCCGGUCAAACUUUCACUUAUAUCAAAAUCCAUCCAAAUGAUGAGCAAGUUCACCUGUUACAUGCUAGAAUUCAUCGGCUCCAGUGACCUUCACACCUACCCUAUCCCUGGAUUCUCAUAGAAACCUCCCCCCGCCUUACAGCAUUCUGGUUGCGGGUCUGCCUUAUACUGUUCUUUCUACCACGCCCCUGGUACAAUAAAACAUUGAAAUACUUUAUCUAUCAUUAUC